GGCGACACACACGGAUCCUCGGCCGCUGGAAAACCGAAGACAAACCGCGAGUUUAAACUUUUAAUUCACGUUUUAACAACUGAACUUUUUACCCGAGCGAAGCUGGGAGGAUUUACUGCGAGCAGAGGGCGAGGAGAGCGGGAGGAAGAGGAGGGAGAGGAGGGAGAGGAGUCGCUGCUCGGGACCAGAGCCGGUCCAGCGGUCCAGCGCUCUGCUCAGCCCGGCGGUCAUGUUCGGCACAAGAAAGACCUGGGACCUCGGCCACGCCCCCUGCCUGCAGGAGCUCUGGAAGAAAGACAUUUCAUUGGACGCGAGCUCAGUGGACUUCCUGAUGAGUGAUGGUGAAGACGACGGCUCCUUCCUGUCUCUGCCCACCGCUGCCUUCUCACAGCGCCCGUCUCUGACCGCAGAGCUGACCGAAACAAACGCACCCAGCCAACAGCUGCUCAUCCAGAAGGUUACCUGGUCCUGCUGGUGGACUCCUGCCAACACUCUACAGGACAAAGUGUGUGAGUUUCAGGCUCGUCUGCGCUCUGAAGAAGUCACUCGUCACCUGCUGCUCCAGCAGCUGCAGCAGCAGAGCGUCCAGGAGAAGUUGUGUGGAGGAGGAGGAGGUGUCCAGACGCUGCAGGAGGAGCGGCUGUCGGCCCCACCCACAGGUGAGAGGGCGUUGCAGCCCGGUGAUCAACCUUCAGAUCGUCUCAUCUGUCCAGAAGAAGAGCAGCUCGUUACUCGGCUGCGCACACAGGUGGAGGAGCUGGAGGAGAAGCUGUUGGAUCAGACUCAGGAGGUGGAGAGACUUCGCUCUGAACUGGGGGCGACAGACCUGGAGAAGCAGCUGGAGCUGCUGGUGGUGGAGAACGAGCAUCUGAAGCAGGAGCUGAAGUCAUGGAGGAGCUCAGAGCUUCAGAAGCUCGACGCUGCUGCAGAGAGCUGCAGCUGCAGCCACUGCCCCCACAGUCAGGAUGCGGAGUCCCUGCGGAGGGAGGUGUCCCGCUGGGAGAGCCAGGCCCGGCAGAGGGAGCGGCGGCUGGCUGAGCUGGAGCGAGAGCUGCUGGAGAAGAGCUCCAGGGUGGAGACGCUCCACCGACAGCUGGACGACUCCACCCGGCAGCUGGACGACGGACGGAGGCAGCUGGAGGAGGCGCGGCGGCGGAAGGGGGAGGCCGAGCAGACACUCUCCCUGCGACUGCAGGAGUGCGAGGAGGAGCUCGCCAGACAGGCAGCGGCGCCCCCCAGAGUCAAGUAUGUGACUCAGAAGGUGGAGGUGGAGUCGGCCGACUCUCAGAAAGCUCUGGCCGAGAUGCAGACGAAGAACGCCGCCCUGCAGGAGCAGCUCUCCGUCCAGAGGCAGCUGCUGAGGGAGCUGGAGACGCAGCUGCACGAGUCUCAGAGGACCUGCGCUCAGCUCAGGACGCAGAUCCUGGUCUAUGAAGGAGAGAUGGAGCGGGCUCAGGGUCAGCUGGAGGCGGAGAUGCAGAACCUGGAGGAGGAGAAGAACCGAGUGAUCGAGGAGGCGUUCAUCAGAGCGGAGAGCGAGAUGAAGGCGGUCCACGAGAACCUGGCAGGAGUGCGUAUGAACCUGCUCAGUUUACAGCCGGCGCUCAGGACUCUCACCUGUGACUACAACUGUCUGAAGAGGCAGGUGCAGGAGUUUCCCUUCAUGCUGGAUAAAGCCAUCAACGAGGCGAAGCAGGAGAUCUGUCAGGUGAUCAGUGAGGUGAGCAGCACAAACCAGGAGCUGCUGCGUAAAUACAAGAGAGAGAUGAACCUGAGGAAGAAGUGUCACAACGAGCUGGUUCGCCUCAAAGGCAACAUCCGAGUUUUCUGCCGCGUGCGGCCGGUCAGUCAGGAGGAGCAGGAUGCCGCCGACACCAAAACCAUGCUGAGCUUCGACUCGGACGACGACGCCGUCCUCUACCUCUCCAACAAGGGCAAGAUGAUGACCUUUGAACUUGACAAGGUCUUCGCUCCUCAGGCCACACAGGAGGAUGUGUUUCAGGAGGUGCAGUCUCUGGUCACUUCCUGUAUCGACGGCUUUAACGUCUGCAUCUUCGCAUACGGACAGACCGGCUCUGGGAAAACCUACACCAUGGAGGGCGUGGUCAACGACCCCGGCAUCAACCAGCGAGCGCUGCGCCUGCUCUUCUCUGAGGUGACGGACAAAGCUCCGGACUGGGACUACAAGAUCACCGUCAGCAUGGUGGAGAUCUACAACGAGACGCUACGGAACCUGCUGGGGGAGAAUCCCACUGACAAACUGGACAUCAAGAUGAACCCUGACGGCAGUGGACAGCUUUACGUCCCCGGACUGACGGAGUUCACUGUGCAGAGCCCCGAGGACAUCAACAGGGUGUUUGAGCUGGGUCACAUGAACAGAGCAACAGCCUGCACCAACCUGAACGAACACAGCUCUCGCUCUCACGCUCUGCUCAUCAUCACUGUGUCUGGAUUUAACUCUGCUACUGGAAACCGCACACAAGGUAAGCUGAACCUGGUGGACCUGGCGGGCUCGGAGAGGAUCGGUAAGUCGGGGGCGGAGGGCAGUCGUCUCCGAGAGGCUCAGUGCAUCAACAAAUCUCUUUCGGCGCUCGGCGACGUGAUCAACGCCCUGCGGAGCAAACAUUCCCACGUCCCGUUCAGAAACUCCCGCCUCACCUACCUGCUGCAGGACUCUCUGAGCGGAGACAGCAAGACCCUGAUGAUGGUGCAGGUGUCUCCGUUGCCAAGCAACAUGAGCGAGUCGGUCUGUUCGCUCAAGUUCGCUCAGCGCGUUCGCAGCGUCGAGUUAAGUUCCUCAUCCUCCAGGAGACACGAGAACUCGUCCACCUCGUCCUCGCCCACGCACGACAGCGUCGAGCUGGACUCUCCCCCCGUGACCCCUGUCCCCCUCCCCAUCUCUCGGGCCAGCAGCGCCGGCUCCACCCUCUCCUCCGCUUCCAGGACUCCCAGCAGCUCCCGCAGGAGGUCCCAGUCCCAGCUCUCUACAGACAGACAGGUAGACAGAGCCAGCCCAUUGGUCGGGGACGGUGGGCAGGACGACUGAAGCUGACGGCCUGAGGGACCCAGAGAUGAUGCUGAGGGAUGUCCGGGGCCGACCGCAGGGUGUCAGCCAGCACCCUGAGGAUUUUAGCUGCUGGGACACCACCCCCAUCCUGUCAGCACUGGAUUUGUUACCCUCCUCAGCUGGUUGAAAGAACAAGAAAAAGGAGCAAAGACUGAUGGGAACUUUACGGAGCAGAACAAUCUCAAAUAUCCACUGACCUGCCUCCUUCAGCAGAGAACAUGGAGUUUUCUGGUUUCUGUGUCUUCUUGCUGUGAUGAUGGACAUUUAAAAAGGACUCUAGUGACUCUGGUGAGAAACCACUGAACGGUUCUCUAGCUCCACCCGUCUGGACUGAACUGAAACCCUCACUAACGUCUCCCAUCCUCCCAGAAAUCAGUGUAUGCUCUCCAAUCACAGUAUUUCUUUUAUUGUCUCUUUGUAAAGUUGCACUUUAAAUUUCUAGAUUAUUUUCUAACCCACGAUUCCAGAUGUGGUUGAUUAUAAUAUAUGCAUAAUAUGAUUACAUAUUUAUGUUUGACAUGCUUUAAUCUUGUUUUUUGUUUUUAGAUUUAUUUUCUUUUUGGUGGAGGAAGUGGACCACAUGAAAAACUUCUGAGGUUAAUCUUAAAGUUUUGAUUUUUGCAUCAAAUCUCAGAAAGUUAAGAUGAAUCUGAUUCUGUCGCAUGUUGAAUCCUCUUCUGUAGUUCUCUACCGGAGGCUGAAUUUGUGUCCUUGUGGUCCUCCUUUAUCCAAUCAGGGUACUCCACUAAUACUGAGCUGUCCAAUAGGACAUGAGCAAUACAAGGAAAUGGUCACCUGUGUAUGAUUGUUGUUUUUCUGCUGUUCCUGUGGAUGUUUUUUUUUUUUUUUUUUUUUCAUGCAGUGGACGUAUCUUCGUCUUCCUUCAAACAAAAAGACAGAAAAACUUCUUCACUUUUCCUCGACUUCACUGUUUCUUCUCGGUGUGAUCCUGCUGCUGUCUCGUCACCUCUUUACCAAACCACAGGUGACCUUUGGCCUCAGACUGAAGAGAUCCGUAGCUGUCGACCCGGUGCUGAGCUUGACAUGACGCAGGAGGACGUGAACUGUUAGUCGUAGUUGUAGUAAACAUGGAUGCUUAGAAACGCGAUGAGCUGCUGUGUGAUGUUGAGCUGAUGAUCAACAUGUCUGCUUGCUUCGUCUGCACUGUAGAUUUCUACAGAUUGUUUUUUGUAUUCCCUUUUUAAUAAACACUCCAGAACAAACA